AUGGACGACGUUCCAAAGCAUAUUGAAGAACACGGCGUGUCUGGUAUAGAAGAAUUUUUUAAAGCAAAACUCGAAGGAUGGAAAGACGUUAAAAUAGAUAUCGGCAUAACAGGUGAUUCUGGCGUUGGAAAGUCCAGCUUUAUAAAUGCCAUACGAGGGUAAGUGAUUUUAAAACCGUUUGGCAUAUAUAUUAAUAAUUAAACCACAAGUUCUGAUAAAAAAAUCUAGAGAGGUUUUGGGUUUGUUGGACGAAAACAAAGCCCAUUUAGCUUAAACGGGGCCGAUAGUAAAUUAAACGCCGAUGAAUAAGAACGCUCUCAAUCAUAUAUUUGUGCAUGUCGAAACUGUCCAAAGGAAAUUAAUUGUGCUUUAACAAAUAACAUGCUUUAACGAUUUUAUUUUUCCAAUUGUGAAAAAUUGAGUGCUAAACCUAGGGACGUUGUGCUGACCAAGAAAGCAAUUUCCAGCAAUUACAGAAGAGUACGGAAAUUCAUGAAUAGCCUAUGUCACAGAUGGAUUUGCACCAAAUAUUCCAGAUUGAAUGAAACUGGGAAACGCUAUCAAUUAUUAAAUACAAUGCAAUAGUAACUCUGAAAACAGUAAACAUUUUGAAGUGUUUAUUCGACGUUUCGACUAGAGUUUAAACAUCGGUACCAGGAAUGAUGAAAUUGCUAACGUAUCACAGCGUAGGUAAAGAAAUAUGGGAAAUACUCAACAUGAGCUCCACAGCUCCACCUUUGAAUUUACUAUAAAGGGUCAUCAGUUAAAUACUAUUAGUCCUUCAAAAGCUUUAGUCCCGUGAUUAAAGAUUCCAUUGAAUAGAGUAGGUUGCAAGCAAAAUUUUGUUUCGCCGGUGCGAAUACUGGAUCAAGUUUGUCCCCUUACCACCAGCCGUAGGGGGCGAAGGCUUUGCUAUGAGGCGUGGGUGGCAAUUUCCGAUGGAAUAUUAGUACCACUCUCUUCAGCAGAAGCUUUUUGUUUCGUUUUUAUAGUAACUCACAGGCGGGUUAAUCUAUUUAUCCCUAUUUCACGAAUAAUUUACCUUACUUACCUGUUUAAUAUGAAUUAACAAGCUUUCGUUGGUAGGUAUGCAACUACCUGAAAAAUAUAAGGAGAAAUUCGACAUUUCGAACGAAGGCCCCUCGUCUGGAGUUACUAGCGGGGGUCAGGAAAUACAUAUGAGCUUUUAUGCUAAUAAUAUAAAAGCGAUCACGUGACAAAAAAGUAAACCUAUCAGAUGAAUUUAAACGAAACAGAGUAUAAUUAUAUAAAAACAAACAAUGUAAAUCCUAUUACAGAAUAUAUUAAUACAGAAACGAAACCUACAGCAACUGCAAAAACAACUAAAUAUAUGAAGCAAGUAUGGAAUAAGGUUAGAAUUAAAAGUGCUGUCAAUGUCUGCUUUUGACAGGCAAAGACAGUUAGAGCUAAACACAGGAAAAGCGUUCAUUAAUGCUAUAGGGGUAGACAGUGCCAAGUUUGGAAAUGAGGCGCAUUUCAUGUCUUUUGCGGAUAUCGUUGCUUCCAAAAAUGGGACAGAGGGCUCGAAUCUCCAUAUUUGAAGUACUGUGAUUUCCAGUAUUAAAAUGUCUGGCAACAGGCUGGUUAGCAUCAUUGCCAAUGACUGCCCACUGAUGCUCACCAAACCUUAUAUUUUUCAGGCAGUUGUAUCCCUACCAACGAAAGCUUGUUCAUAUUAUUGACACUACCUACACUGGCACAGACAGUUCAAAGAUUACCUGCUUAGCACCCUUUCCCUGCUUUUAUACAACGAAUCAACAGGGGCGUGGCGACCGGGGGCCUAAGGGGCAGUGCAACGCCCCCCCCCCCCAGGAUUCUAAACAUUAAAAAGUUGGUCAAAAUAUUUUGUUGUUGGUCAAAAGAAAUAUUAAAAAUAAAUGCGCUAACAUCUGAAAUUUGGAAAUUUGGUCAAAUUUGUUUUUGGUCAAAAAUAUAUGGAGAAUUAUAUUCAAUUUUGACUGUAAUGUGCAUCGCGCCAUCACCAAUUAGUGUUAACUUUGUUUUGGAACCAGUUUUUGUCAAUAACUCUGAUAGUUUUACAAUGAACACGGAUCUUGCAAUUCAAGCGUUUAUCGCAGAGAUACUCGAAACCGUGGGACUGCAAAUUACUGUGGACUCCACAUUUAACAAGCAUUGUCUGUAAGUAUGUACGCAUGAAGUAUUCCUUCACUGCAAAAAUUCCCGAGUAUUUUGAUUCGGGAAAAAAAUGCACUCACGGAGACACAAAAUUUUGAGUCAAUUUAAACAUUUACGGUAAUUUAAAGAUUUGCUAAAAUUUAAAGAUUUUCUGUACUCAUAAAGUUACAAAACAGAACGAAACGAAACCACCGGAACAACCGAAACGAAACAAGCGAAACGGAAGCGAGUUGGCGGCCGGUCUUUGUUAGUGCGCAUGUAGUUCCUUGUCGGUGGCUGUAGUUGAAUUUUUAUCAAAUAAACUGGUCCCAACUAAAAAUCCUUCCAUAACCCUAGCUAGUAAAUUCUAGAAAACAAUUUAUAAUUUAAAAAUGUAGAAAAAAAGUUUGAAAAUGUUAUGUUGCGUGCAAACAAAAAAACCGCACAUUUUCAUAUUACUAAGGUAGGAAAUGUAGUUUAUCAAAGCGGGCGCCGACAAACUUAAAGAACGCUCGCGAGUUAGUCAUAUCCUGCAACGCAAACGACCGGAAAAUAAAAUUAAAAAAAAAAAAAUGCAUUAUCAUUUGCUUCAAAUGAAGUACUUGCACUUUUCCCGCGAUAAAAUUAAUUAUUUAUUAAUUAUGGGCAAAUAGUUUACCCGACAAGCUAAAAGGAAAUCAGCCUUUAGGAGUAAGUGAAAACGUUAAAAAAAUUAAAUGGUAUAUCAAAGCAUCAAUAAGGAUUUAGAAAAAAUAUAGAUCAACAGAGCUCACAGUCAUUGAACUUGUUGAUAAAAUUACUGGAGGAAUAAAUAAAGGAAAAUACGCAAUUGGUAUUUUCCUUGACUUGUCCAAAGGACUUUGCCCAUAAAAUUAUUCUCACCUAUAAUGACCAUACUGAUAUUGUAGGGGAAAAGGUCAAUCUCCCAAGUAAAUAAUAUUAAAAUACACUUAAUGUCGGCUUCCAAGAGGAAAUAAAACUAUUUCCCGAGGGAACAAACAUUCAGUGACCCUUCAGUGUUUUGUUAUAUAGUGACGAAACAAAAAUCCACAUUCAUUCACAGGCGGCCCAAUCUCAGAAUGAAUGAUCAGGUGUUGCGGGUUUUUAACGGUUUUUUAUACUCAACCAAAACUAUUCUAAAAACAUUCUUAAAUUAGUCAAAUAAAUACAUUUUAACAAUAAAAUACAGUUUAUAUGAUAGUAUAAUACCCUUGCAUUCUUUUAAUUACCCCAUGAACUCAUUUAAAACGGUUGAUCAUGUAACAUUUUCUGUGGCCCACAUUGUGUAUGCUCAUUAUAUGUCAUAUAUAAUGUUAAUGGAUUAACGAGCACACACAAUGCCUACAUUGCCUACAGUUAUAAUUGGGUGAGAAGGUUGCAUUAAUGUAUUUCUAGUUAUAUCUUCAAUGAUUUAAAUUUAACCAGACUUAAAGAUGACGAUGAAGGCGCUGCGGACACAGGCGUUAAAGAGACAACAAUAAAUGUAGCUAAGUAUCCCCAUCCUACCAACUCCAAGAUCAUGUUUUGGGAUCUACCUGGUAUAG